AUGAAAGGACACGUAACAAUACUACUGAUAAUGUUACUAGCCGUGUGUGCUCCGGUCAAUGGAAAUCGUCCGUUUUAUGUGAUUGCACAUAUGACAAAUGAUAAUCGUUCAGUUAAUUGGGCUGUGAAAAGUGGUGCAAACGGUGUUGAAAUCGAUCUACGUUUCAAAUCCGACGGUAUACCAGACUCAUUUCGUCAUGGUGGUAUUUGCGACUGCACUGCUCCGCUACCUUUCGGCGAUCACGUCUGUCGUCGUUAUAAUUCGGCUAAAUCAUGUCAAGCCUCAUCAUCUGUUAAAGAAAUGCUCAAUUAUCUAGCUACAUUUCCCUCAUUGGCAUUGAUCAUUCUAGAUACAAAAUGA